GCUCAUGUGAUACAUUAUCUUCCUGUUUGACAAGAUGGCGGGAACCAGGAAGGAACUGAAAACCGCAGAAAUAUUAUUUUUCCUUGUUUUAUUCGUUAUCAGAUUCCGUGUUAACUGUCUCAAUUGUUUGUCACAAGACAAUGAACCUAUAGACUGGUUUAUUGCAUACAAGCUUCCAGGAUCAGAGAAAGAUGUCCCAAAAAAUUCAUUUUUCUACAUGGAUGCAAAGUCACCAGCAUGGACAUUAUCGCCAAAAACUUUAGAAGAAAAGGACCAGGCUAUCUACAACACACUGAACCAGAUAUAUAGGAAACAGUCACAUGUAAAACCAAAGAAUGUGAGCAGCCAUACUGGAGAGUUGUUGUAUCUGAUGUAUAAUGAUGAAGGUCCUGAACAUAAGAGUGAGGGACAUGGACAUACCAAAGGUGUGAUAGCUUUUGACAGCAAGAAUGGUUUUUGGUUGGUUCACAGUACCCCAAAGUUCCCUCCUUCAGGUUCAGAAGGUUAUAGUUGGCCAUCGUCUGCAGAUAUCUAUGGACAAAGCUUUCUUUGUAUUUCCAUGGAAACAGAAGGAAAUGUUAAUGAAAUUGGACACCAAUUACUGUUCAAUUAUCCAUACAUCUAUGACAAGAAUAUCCCCUCCUUUGCUUCACGGUACCCAAAUAUGACUGAUGCUUUAAAGGGAAAACAUGUCACUGAAGAACCCUGGUACAGAGAAACUAAACUUACAUCUACAUCAGGAGUGGUGUUCCAUUCAUUUGCUAAAUAUUCAAAAUUUAAUGCUGAUCUAUAUAGUGACAUGUUAGCUCCAAGGUUUGAGAGCACAUUGCUAGUGGAGACUUGGCAGAAUGGAAGAGGGAAGAUGUGUUCUAACUGCACUGGGAAAUAUAAGGUUUUCAAUAUAGCAACAUUGGAUUUUAAACAACGUGGUAUGAUGUUCAAAGAAACCCAAGAUCAUUCAAAGUGGGUUGUCACAAACUCUACAACCAAUGUAUGGACCUGUAUAGGGGAUAUAAAUAGACAGAUGUCACAGAUGGAAAGGCCAGGUGGGACGGUGUGUUUCCAGAAUAAAUCAGUUUGGCAGAAUUUCCACAACUUGAUCAUCUUGUGUCAUAACUGUGGUCCUUACAAGAAGUGCAUUUCACCAUGAUAUUUUCAGGAAGCAAUAGAUCUGCAGAUUGUUCUGUUAUAUUUUAUUUUCUCUUUUCAAACAAGCAGUCUUAAUUCCAUUCCAUUUUACAAUUUGAUAGACUAUAUAUAAAGUCAUAAAUCUCAGCUGUUUGUUAUGACAUCAGUUAUACAAAAUUCAUUUUGUCUGUUUCUCAGGUUUAUGUGCUUGUGUAUUUUGCUAAUAUUUUCUUGGUGCUUGCAUUUGUUUAUACUUUUUUUUCUAUGACUUUUUUCUUCAUUUAAAUAUAGCCACAUAAUUUUUGUAUGCACUGUCUAUUCGAAAGUUAAGAUAAAUAAGUGGAAUUAUAAAUUCUUGAACAUAGCGUUACAUUUUAAGUAAAUGAAAUAAUAAAUUCUUGAACAUUAUAUUACAUUUUAAGUAUAUGAAAUAAUAAAUUCUUGAACAUUAUGUUACAUUUUAAGUAAAUGAAAUAAUAAAUUCUUGAACAUUAUGUUACAUUUAAAGUAUAUGAAAUAAUAAAUUCUUGAACAUUAUGUUACAUUUUAAGUAUAUGAAAUAAUAAAGUUGCCAGACAGGAAAGUCUCUGGUUUUAAGUGUAUGAAAUAAUAGUUUAUUGGUAGGAAUUUGAAAGUAAAGGUGUCACUUCUAGUACACAAAAUGAUAAGUUAUGGAACAGAAAUGCAUUCCAGUCUAUUAAAAAGUUAAUAUAUAAGUAUAUUAAAUAUUGUUUUAUUAUGCAGGAAUGUCUGUGGGUCUUUUGAUAUGAAUUACAUGUGAAGAGUUUGCAGAGAAAAACUAUGAAAAGAAUACUUGAAUUUAAUUAUUACAGAAGGCAUUGUUCGAAAUUUCGUUUCUUCAUAGCUGUAACUUGAAAAAUAGGAUACCGGUACUUAAAAAAUUCAUAAUCAUUCUGAAAAAUAAUCUUACUAAAUGUUUACAUUGAACAUAUGGGUAGUAUAAACGUAAAUAAAAGUUUUAAUAGCUCAUGUAUUUAUGUCAAAAUAUACAUUGCAUAAUUUUAUACUGUUGUUGGCCAUAUACUUUUAUUUUUAUAGUGUUAUUUGUAUAUAUUGCUUCAUCAGAAAGAACAUCAAUGUGAGGAUGCAUUGCAAGUAUUGAAUUCAUUUUGGAAGUUUUACAUUUGUUAAUGUUCAGCAGCUUUUAAAAAAAAAAUGUUCAUAAAUCAUGUUGAUCAUGAGAAAUCAUAUUAUGAUGUAUUACAUACUUAAUUAUGCACUGCAUUUCAUAUUGGGGCAUGUUGCAUCAUUUGUGAUGUCAGUUUCAUGUUUGUUGUUGUAUUUGAAAAUAUCUUAAUGAUGGUAUUUUCAAUUUUACUCACGAUCAAAGAUAUUGAUAGGAUUUAUACUAUAGUUACUAGUGUAGAUGUGUAUGUAAGAAAACGAUUAUUUAUUAGAUUUGCAUAGAGAAAUACACACUCAUUCUUGUGCAGAAUAAUAUGCUCCUAAAGUUGCGCAAUAUUUCGACAUGAGAACGUUUGCAUAUUUCUCGAUACAAAUCUAAUGAGUAAUAACCUAUAAAUGAGCCGUGCCAUGAGAAAACCAGCAUAGUGAGUAUGCGACCAGCAUGGAUCCAGACCAGCCUGCGCAUCCACGCAGUCUGGUCAGGCUCCAUGCUGUUCACUUUUAAAGCCUAUUGGAAUUGGAGAAACUAUUAGCGAACAGCAUGGAUCCUGACCAGACUGCGCGGAUGCGCAGGCUGGUCUGGAUCCAUGCUGGUCGCAUACCCACUAUGUUGGUUUUCCCAUGGCACGGCUCAAAUGUGUAUACAUGUACUUGUUUGCUUCAAUCUUUUGCUCUUUUCACUGUGCCAUUUCUUUUUGGCAGCAAUUAUUUUAUAAUAUAUAUAAGAUUUAUAUGGUAGCUCAUGUUUUAUUAUUAUUAUUGUUAAUAUUUAGAGCAGGACAAAGUGCCAUGAAAUUACUACUAUAUACAUGUAUAUUUUUGUUAUUAUUCUUAAUACCAACACAUUUUGUAAUCAAAGUACAGGCACGUACCAGCAAUAGAAUAUCGAGAAAUAAAAAUGCUGUGUGUUUCAGUUCAUUUGAACUAACACAUAGAUUGACAGCCUAUCUAUACCUGGCCUCGUAGAAUGCUUUAUAUCCUGCCAGUGUACUAGAAUAAAGACACAGUUCCUUCUGACUAAUGCCCCCACCCCCUCCAAACUGUUUAAUUGGACAAAGGCUGACAAAUUCUAUUUAUCUUCAUUUUUUUGUCAUACUUAUCCUCAUUUUGAGAUAAUUGUUAAAAAUGGAUAAUUUUCACUUUAAUGUAUUUUUCCAGUUCAUGUUAAGUUUUAUCUUUUUU